AGGAGGAGCUGCCCUCUCAUUCCCGAGUCUUCAACAUUUAAGGGCACUCAAGCGGAGUAUAAACACAAGAGAUUAUCCGUGCGAAUAGUUGUGAAGUCUGACAAUUUCGCAUCCGAAUUGAAACACAAAUGGAUUAUAUGGGUUUUUAUUUUUAAAAACCAAACAACUGCGCGUCGGCUUUUCUGCGCACAGAUGAUAGUAUCUGGAAGUCCUGAAGAGAGCACCGAGGACAGAACCACGAUGUGAUCGUUUCUAUUUAAAAAUGUUACGAAAUGCUUUGAACGAAGCGAGUUGGAACACAUUUUGGACACCAAUACUGUAUUUUUUGGCUAUAAAGUCCGUAUCUAUGCGAAUCUGAAAGGCAAAGUGUUUUUAUCCAAUGCAGCGGAACAGCAGUCUCGUUUCCAUUUGGCUUCAGCUCGAGCUGUGCGCGAUGGCUGUUCUCCUCACUAAAGGAGAAAUACGGUGUUACUGUGAUGCUCCCCACUGUGUGGCCACCGGUUACAUGUGCAAAUCGGAGCUGAAUGCCUGCUUCACCCGCACCGUAGACCCUCCGAGCACCAAGUCUCUCUUAUCUCACGGGUGUUACGACCCUCUGCUGAACUCUGGGAAAACGUGCCAUCCAGAGUCGACCUAUGAUGCCGUUCAUGGAUCUGCCACUCUUCAGUGUUGCCACGAGGAUAUGUGCAACUACAGAGGCCUGCAAGAUCUCGCAUACAGAGGAAGUGCAAUUCAUGACAAACACCGACAUCAAACUGAAGGCAGCCGUCACGUGAUCGCACGUCUGCAGGAAAUCCCUUCCUCCAAGGAGGUUUGGUUUCGAGCUGCGGUCAUCACCGUACCCAUCGCCGGUGGCCUCAUCUUGGUCCUCCUCAUCAUGCUGGCCCUGCGGAUGCUUCGCAGCGAAAACCGCAGACUGCGACAGCAGCGGCGAGAAAUGCUCUCUCGCCUUCACUACAGCUUUCACGGCCAACACCUCACCAAGGGUCACGUGGCCAAACUGGACUUAGAGUGUAUGGUUCCAGUAGGAGGCCAUGAGAACUGCUGCUUGACCUGCGACAAGAUUCGACAGUCCAACCGUAGCAGCCAGCGACUUCUAUCAUUGGUCAACUGGGGAAAAUACAGCGGCCGAAGCAAACUGGAGUUUGUGUGAUGACUUUAGAAUCUAGCCUCUUUUUCCUGGGACUUGUUUGACUAAAACUUGUUUUAUUUCAACCCUUCUAACGGAGGACCUGCAAACGAGAACUCAGAAGAGAACACUUGAAAGCGAUAACCACGCGGUUGUCGCUCUAGAAGCACUUUACUUGAAUUAGAGACUUGAGGAGAAGACUGCUUGUAUUAUAGGCUGCGACGAGGAGUGGCUUCGUGCUGGUAUUCUUUAUGACCGAAGGAUUCCAAGAAAUAGAUUUUGGUUUUAACGUUUGCACUUUUUGUAUAAAGAAACUACGGUUGAUUUGCUUUAGUAGUGGUGUAAGACCAGCGUGUCAACAUUCUCAGAAUAAACUAAAAUUUGCCAAAAUUGAAGGGGUACAACUGCUUGUAAAAGAUCUUGGUAUCUUAAUUACCCUUAAAAUGUUCAUAAUAGUUGAGGGUACAUACUCUUAAGGUACUAAUAUGCAGUUUUCAGGGGUAGAUAAGGUACAAAAUUGUCUCUUUAAGUGUACUUCCCCAGUUAUAAGCCGUUGUACCCUUAAAAUUGUAAUUUUUGCAUUUUUUUUUCUAACAGUGAAGAAUGUCUGCUGGUGAACGAAUGUGUGACUUUUCACUGUUAAAGUUAUAGUUCACCCAAAAAUGUAAAAUCUGUCAUGAUUUACUCACCUUUGUGGCGUUCCAAAUUCAACCUUUUACUAUUUCAGCUGUUUCAGUCUGUACAGUGGAAGUGAAUGGGGUCCAAAACGUUCAAGCUCCAAAAAGGACAUAAAGGAAGCAUAAAAAUAAUCCAUACAACUCCAGUAGUUUCAUUCAAGUCCUCUGAAGCAAUAUGAUCACU